AUGACAUCUCCUCAAGAAAAAACCAUCCUCAGCCAUGUCGGAGGAUCCGAAGGCUCAGUCUUACCAAUUACCGGACACAAACUGAACGGAAACAAUUUCCCACAAUGGUCUCAAUCCGUCAUGAUGUAUGUUUGUGGCAAAGGAAAGGACGACUAUCUCACCGGAGAGAUUACUGCUCCAGCGAAAGAAGAUCCAAAAUUCAAAACUUGGAAAGCUGAGAACAUGAUGGUUAUGUCAUGGUUCGUUAAUUCCAUGACUACAGAGGUGGGAGAAAACUUCAUGUUCUAUGCAACAACAAAGGAGAUGUGGGAUGCAGCAAGAGAGACUUAUUCUGAUAAUGAAAAUACAUCAGAACUGAUUGAAAUUAAGGGUAUCCUUCAUGAUCUACGACAAGGUGAGAUGUCUGUUACCCAAUAUUUCAAUAUACUCACUUGUCAUUGGCAGCAACUAGAUAUGUUCAAGACCUCUGUAUGGGAUACUCCCGGAGAUGCAGAAAAAUAUAGAAAGAUUGUCGAGAAAGAACGAAUCUAG